GCGUGUCGGCGGAGGGGCCAUUGCUUCAAGCUUUUCGUGGUGGUGGCCGCCGGGAAGGUCGCGUGGCUGGACCAUGUGGGGCCGCUUUGCCGCUGCGGGGCGGCGGCUGGCGCUGAGGAGCCUCGGCCGUGUUUAUAGUUCGAGAUCCUUCAAUCAAAGACUGUGGAGGUGGAAAAGCAGUGCUGCUAAUGAAAGGGCACUACAGUACAAGGCUGGAGACCACAUCCAUGGAUUCACAGUUAACCAGGUGACAGCUGUACCUGAGUUAUUUCUAAGUACUGUUCAGCUCAGUCAUGAAAAGACUGGGGCCAAGUAUUUGCAUGUGGCAAAAGAAGAUUCCAAUAAUCUGUUCAGUGUUCAGUUCCGUACCACCCCCCUGGACGAUACGGGUGUUCCCCAUAUUCUUGAGCACACUGUGCUCUGUGGUUCUCAGAAGUAUCCUGUCAGAGACCCCUUCUUCAAAAUGCUGAACAGAUCACUCUCCACAUUCAUGAAUGCGUUUACAGCUAGCGACUACACCCUGUACCCAUUUUCCACCCAAAAUCCUAAGGAUUUUCAGAAUCUUCUGUCUGUGUACCUGGAUGCCGUGUUCUUCCCGUGUUUGAGACAUCUGGAUUUCUGGCAGGAAGGCUGGAGGUUAGAGCACGAGAAUCCAACGGACCCUCAGACACCAUUAACCUUCAAAGGGAUUGUAUUUAACGAAAUGAAGGGAGCAUUUACAGACAAUGAGAGAGUUUUCUCCCAGCACCUUCAGAACAAAAUUCUCCCGGAUCACACGUAUGCAGUCGUGUCCGGGGGUGACCCACUGAAGAUCCCCGAUCUUUCCUGGGAACAGCUGAAACAGUUCCAUGCCACGCAUUAUCAUCCCAGCAAUGCAAGGUUCUUCACUUAUGGUAACUUUCCACUGGAGCAACACUUGAAGCAAAUCCAAGAGGAAGCAUUGAGUAAAUUUCAGAAAAUUGAACCAAAUACUGCUGUCCCACCGCAAAAACUCUGGGAUCAUCCCAGGGAACACCAUGUGGCGUGUGGUACAGAUGCAUUUGCCACAGACCCUAAGAAGCAGACAGUGGUCAGCGUUGGCUACCUCCUGGCAGACAUCACCGAUACUUUUGAAACCUUCACACUGAACCUGUUGUCUUCACUCUUGGUUGGUGGCCCAAAUUCUGCCUUUUAUAAAGCUUUAAUCGAGUCUGGUCUGGGUACAGACUUUUCACCAGAUACUGGGUUUAAUGGCUCCACAAAAGAAGCUUAUUUCAGCGUAGGCCUUCAAGGGAUUGCUGAGGAAAAGAUUGAAACUGUGAAGCAAAUUAUUGCUAGAACCAUUGAUGAAGUUAUUGAAAAUGGAUUUGAGGAAGAAAGGAUUGAAGCACUCCUCCACAAGAUUGAAAUCCAGAUGAAGCAUCAGUCAACUAGCUUUGGGCUUGCCUUAACAUCAUACCUGGCCUCCUGCUGGAAUCACGAAGGCGACCCUGUUGACCUCCUGAAGAUUGCUGACAAAGUGACUCGGUUCAGGCAGUGCCUCGAAGAGGAUCCCCAGUUCCUUCAGCAAAAAGUGAAACAGUACUUCAAGGACAACCCUCACAGGCUGACUCUGUCCAUGAGUCCUGAUGGGGCUUUCUAUGACAAGCAAGCGGCUCUGGAAGCAGCAAAGCUGAAAGAGAAGGCUGAGGCUCUUUCCGAAGACGAGAGGAAGCAAACUUAUGAAAAAGGCUUGGAAUUGAUAGAUCUGCAAAGCAAACCUCAAGACACAUCCUGCCUUCCAGCCUUGAAAGUUUCGGAUAUUGAGCCUAAAAUGACGUUUACGGAGCUGGAGACGUCACUUACAGCCGAGGGUGUCCCUGUCCAGUACUGUGCUCAGCCCACGAACGGCAUGGUGUACUUCAGAGCAGUUUCCAGUCUGAAUACCCUCCCGGAGGAACUCAGACCAUAUGUUCCUCUGUUCUGCAAUGUCAUAACCAAAAUGGGAUGUGGAGCUCUCAGUUACCGAGAACAAGCUCAAGAAAUAGACCUAAAAACUGGCGGCCUUUCUGUCAGCCCGCACAUCACUGCAGAUGACUCCCAUCUGGACAUGUAUGAGCAGGGUGUUCUCUUCUCUUCUCUGUGCCUGGAUAGAAAUCUGCCUGACCUGAUGCACCUAUGGACUGAAAUAUUCAACCACCCCCAUUUUGAAGAUGAGGAACACUUCAAAGUCUUGGUCAAGAUGACGGCUCAGGAGCUGUCGAAUGGCAUCCCUGAUUCUGGGCACCUCUACGCCUCCAUUCGAGCGAGCAGAACCCUGACGCCUGCAGGGGAGUUGCAGGAGAUGUUUAAUGGCAUGGAGCAGGUGAAGCUGAUGAAGCGAAUUGCCGAGAUGUCGGAUAUUAGGCCAGUGUUGCGAAAAUUGCCCCGCAUCAAGAAACACCUAUUAAAUAGUGACAAUUUGCGAUGCUCGGUGAACGCCACACCUCAGCAGAUGUCCAGUGCUGCAAAAGCCAUAGAAAAGUUUAUCAAGGGUAUUGCCAGGAGUAAAAAGGAACGGAAGCCUAUCCGUCCACAUGUGAUUGAGAAAACCUCAGACCUCAAAACUGCUGGCAGUGAGGCCCUGACUUGCUCCCAGAUCACCAGGAAGCUGAUUACGGAUCCCACUUUCCAGCCAUGUCAGAUGAAAACCCAUUUUCUGCUUCCCUUUCCUGUGAAUUAUAUUGGCGAAUGUGUUCGGACCGUUCCCUUCACGGCCCCAGACCACACAAGCCUUCGCAUCCUUGCCCGGUUAAUGACUGCUAAAUUUCUGCAUACGGAAAUUAGAGAGAAAGGGGGUGCUUAUGGAGGUGGUGCUCGGCUGAUGCUCAAUGGCAUCCUCAGCUUUUACUCUUACAGGGAUCCGAAUUCUCUGGGUACUCUGGCUACCUUUGAAAAAGCUGCCGAAUGGGCGAGGGCAGGCAAAUUCACACAACAAGACAUUGAUGAAGCCAAGCUUGCUGUGUUUGCAGCUGUAGAUGCUCCUGUUGCUCCAUCUGACAAAGGGAUGGAUAACUUCUUGUAUGGGAUCUCUGAUGCGAUGAAGCAGAGGUAUCGGGAGCAUCUUUUUGCAGUGUCCAGGGAUCAACUGAUCGAUGCAGCCGACAAAUACCUUGCUGCUGGGAAGAGCACAAGAGGACUGGCUAUUCUUGGGCCAGAGAACACAGACACUGCCAAAGACCCUUCAUGGGUUAUACGAUAACGUGUGUUGGCAGCAGGGUAGAGAAGAAAUCCAAGCAAUCCAUGCGACAAGCCCAUAUCGCUUUGGCGCUGCCUCCUCUACAAAACUGCGGCAACAAUAAGGCGGCAUUGUGGUGUGUCGCCUUGUUUGUGCCUGCAACAACGUUUAUGGAAGAAAGAUGGCACCAGCCAAUGUCUGCCUUUCAUUAAGCUAGCAGUUUCUCAAACUGAAGCUCCUGAUUAUGGUCCCAAAGCAGCCACAGCCAUUGGAUCACACCUGACACUUUAAUAGUCUCUCAGUAUUUUGUAGAAACUCAGGAUUGAGCCUUCAGCUUGUCUACCUUCAAUCAUGUUCUUUUUUUUUUUUAAGGUAACUAUGACAUUGAAAUUAUUCUUUGCUCUUCCUUGAAUGUUUUGUGCCAUUAAAUAUUUCAGCCUCUGA